GUGUUAGUGUGAGAUAGCGCGGCCCGGGUGCCUCCCGCCCUCCGCCACCCCCAGCCGCGGCGAUCAAAAUCCCUCCGAAAAUGGGCUAGAUUUACUCGUGAUUUUCGUUCCAAGACCAGCCAAUGCCCAUCAGCAGUGGGGCCACUGGUGCAAAAAAUUAUGGUCUAAGUGUUCUUGGAAAGCCUGUCGAUGGAGCUCAACCUUCAAAUGAUAAUCUUUUGGCGAUCGUACCUGCCCUCCCACUUCUUCCAGCUGUGCCAAGACCUCCACGGCUGUUCCACCGCUCAGCAACUAUACUGGGAGGGAAUGACAACGAAUAUUCUGCAGUCGCACUUCAAACGACAACUGAUGGUAAAGUUCAAGCAUCCCGUUCACAGAAAGAAAAGGAUCGAAAUCCGGAUCGUAUAAGCCUGGAUCGGAGAGGGUUAAGUUGCGUUCCAGUCAUCGCAGGAGAGGCAAAAGUUCGUUUGAUAUCCUUGCAGCACAAUUUAAUCACGAGGCUUGACAACAUGACCUCUGUUGGAGUACCUCACCUUGUCUUCCUGGAUCUCUAUGACAAUCAGCUAGAUAAAAUAUCUGGAAUUGAAUGCCUCUGUAAUUUACGAGUCCUGCUCCUUGGCAAAAACAGACUGAAGAGGAUUGAAGGGUUGCACAAUCAGCGAAGACUAGAAGUCUUGGACGUUCAUGGGAAUCAAAUCUCUGUUGUGAGCAAUUUGUCCUCGCUGGAGCAGUUGAAAGUCUUGAAUUUAGCCGCCAAUCAAAUUCGUGUCAUCAGCUCCACCGAUUUGCAUGGAUUAGCAUCGCUACAAGAAUUAAACCUGCGAAGAAAUCGAAUCUCCAAACUCUCUGGCUUGGAUGCCACACCUCAGCUCAUGAAACUUUUUCUCAGCAACAAUCUGCUUCAGACGCUCGAGGGUAUUAUCCAAGCAGUGAAUCUGCAAGAAAUCAGCAUUGAUGGUAACCCAGUCUCAAAUUCCGGAGAUUGCGCUGCGUUUCUUGUUGCCAUGUUGCCAAGUCUACAUCUUCUGAGUCGGGUGCCAAUUACACAGGAGGUACGAACAGCAGCCGCUGAAUGGCAUCAGUCGCAUGUUGGUGAGAAAGUCAUCCUCAACGCGCGCACCAACUGGCAGCUGCUACGAUCGCAGUCGUUAGUAUCAUCUGCCUCUGCAUCGACGAAUCUCUCAUCGUCAACAACAACAACAACAACACAGGAACCAACUAACUCAACGUCUGAAUCGGACUGCUCAAGCUUGAAAUGUGAUAAUUUCUGUGAUAUUAAGCCUUUAACUAAUUUUAAUUCUACCCCUCGGCUUUCUCCAGAGUUGAAGUCCUUGGAGGAGACGGAGAAAGAACCGAUUCGACUCCCUGCACUCUUAGAUGUUGCGAAUGAAAGCUCUCCCAGUUCGGUGCUCUCUGAUUCAAGCUCUGACAGUGAAAGUUCACCGGUGGAGACUACCCCAAAUGCGCAUCCUUUAGUAAGGAAUAUUAAAAAUAGUGUUCAGAAGUCAGCCAGCAUCCGUGGGAAACAUAAAGUGAUGAACCAUUCACAGAGUAGGACGCGUGAACAAGGAGGUGACUACUUGGUGGAGAUCAAUGGCCGGUUUUUGAACGUCUAUGGUCAAGGUGCAGUGCGAUUCAUCGAUCGCCCAUGGAACCCAGCCAAAGCUAAUGAUGUAGUUAUCGUAAAAUUCAACUACGUUAAUUUUAAUUCCUUGACGCCAAUUUUUCCGAGACUUAAACAUCGAUUCCCAAAUGUUGAGAACUUCAUCUUCCGAGAGACUAACAUCUAUUGUCUGGGCCAGCUCAACGCCCUGGCAGAUGUGCAGGGCCUCACAUCGCUCACAAUUCAUCCGCACGGUAACAGUAUCACCCUGAAACCAUGGCGAAGCUAUGCAGUUUACAGACUUUCCCACUGGGGGCUCUGUUGCAUCGAUGAAAAAGAGGUGACGGAAGAAGAGGUGGCAGAAGCUAAUGAAGAAUAUAGUGGGCUGACAGAACUAGUUUUACUAAGUCUUCCUGAAGAGCUACUCUCUCCGCUCUUGAAUCGUUUGAGGUUGGAGGUUCAUUCUCGCGUUUCUGCUAAGCAGUGGCUGUGGGCAGCUGAUCCACCAUUGCGUGGCGUUGUUGCUAAGGAGGCUUUACAGUGGAGGCACAACACCACUCUUUCUCAGGAUGAGACAGUGUGGAGGCACAAAGGAAAGCAGCACCUAGCAAACCUACUGGAUCAAACAAACGCUGCCGUACGGAAGCUUAGUCUUUUAGAUCAGGAAUGGCCAACCAUACUUCGCGAACUCAUCCGAGACACACUAGUUGAUUAUUCUCAAUUGGACUCGUACAUGAAAAAGUGUAUGAAUGACUUGAAAUCAAAAUGAUGAGAGGUUCAGAAACCUGUAGAAGGUUUGCAUGAAGGAAGGGAAAUUUAAGGUUUUUUUGUCUACCUUAUCCAUGUUUCUGGGAGGAGGAAUAUCGGCUUCAUGAAAUGAAACCCCCCUCUGACUUACGGUUACAAUUCAUCAAUUUAAACUGUAAAAAAAGGAAAUACUGAAAAUCUUCCUAUGAAUACUAACAUUAUCCGUGUUCAAUGUUUUUCCUACGUUCCUUCUCAGCGGUCAAGUUUGAGAUAUUUAAUCGAACAAGGAUUGUUCAAUUAGUAAGUUUCUUUCCUCUUUUCCAAAAUCCAUGAAAAUAACUGAUUUUGAGGGUCUAAUCAAGAAAAAAUCCAAAGAUUAAACUUUGAACAACAAGCCAAACUGAAAGUCCUCACUCAGUCAAGCAGGUCUUAGAAAGGGGCCAGCUUGUUCCUAAUUUCAUACAGAUAGAAGCUAAGGCCUUGUCUCCACGAGCCGUUUCACGAGAUUUGUCCCACGGAAAAAUCCCACUUACGAAGUU